CUCUGCUCAUAAAAGUAUCACUGCACAAGAGGAAGCUUACUCCAGGAAGACAGAUGACCACAGCAUCACCUGCAGUUUUAAUAAGGUUUGAGAGCAAGCAGUCCACAAAAGAAAGACAGAAGAAUCAGAUUCAUCAUGAAGACUUGUGGAGCUCUGCUGGUGCUGCUGUGCUGCUGUUUGGCUGAGACACAUGAAAAUGAGGUUAUGGGUGCAGUGCGCAGAACUGAAGCUGCAGCCACAGCCUCCACCCAACAAACCUGCCAGCCUGAGAUCUAUACCGUGCUGAAAGAGGUGAGCGCUCUGGUGGCAGAGCAGAGAGUGGAGCUCAGAUACACUAAGACACAAAUGGAGGCCAUGGAGACCAGACUGAGAGCCAGUGAGAGUCUGGUGGAACAACUAAAGAGUGCAAAUGCAGCUCAUGCAAUGAAUCUGAGCCUCACUGUGAGUGAGGUGGCUGAUCUGAAGAAGGAGAGAGAGCAGAGGAGGGUGUCUUUCUCUGCAUCACUGCAAUCGUCUGGUAGUACAAAUACAGGACCCUUUUCAGUUGCAUUUCCCCUGGUCUACAAACACAUCUUCACAAAUGUUGGCGAUGGCUACAAUCCAAACACAGGUGUGUUCACAGCUCCAAUCAGAGGGGUCUAUCACUUUCUUGUAUAUGCACAUGGAUUGGGCCAUGCAUCUAUACCUACAGGACUCUCGCUCCAUAAAAAUGAAGAGCAUGUUGUCAUUGCUUACAGCCAUCAACGAAGUCUCAGAGUGGACACUUCUAACGGAGCUUCUCUGCUGCUGGAGGUGGGAGAUGUGGUCUAUGUGAAGCUGUGGCCUAAUUGUUUGGUGCAUGACAGCUACAACCACCACACCACCUUCUCUGGCCACUUGCUCUUCCCCAUGUGAGGGAAGCAGAAGUGCUGGAGUGAUGCUAGCAGUCACAGACACAGAUGAAAUAGUACAGUACACACUCCUAUACGUGUGUUCCUAUCCAUGUGUUAAAUAAAACGUGAAAUGUUUUUUCAGGCUGUUUCUUCGUAUUCUAACAGUAUAAUGAUUCCCAUUUUGGUAACACUUUGCGGUAAGGGUACAUGUUUUAAUCCUUAUGUUACCCUCAAAUCUUAGACAUUCUAUGUCAUUGGGGUCAAUUUGACCCCAGAUAAAUAAACCCUCAGAAAAUGAUUAUAAUGGCCAUGUUGGUGUGACCAGCCUAUCGUGUGGGAUACAGCUGGUGUAGAUGGUCAUGCUGGUGACCAGCGUGCCAAGUUUGACAUUGUUGGUGUAAGAUGGUCAUGCUGGUUUAUUAAAAUGACCAAACAUACUGUAAGCUGGCAUGGCCAGUACUAACCAGCAAUGUAGACCAGCAACACCAACUAAUAUGACCCAGGUGGUACGACAAUCAAAAACAGCUGAAUUACCAUUGUAAGCUGGGUCAACCUAGCCUGGUCCUACCUUACUCUUAUACAUUCAUAAUGUACAGAGUCUGGCCACUUUCCAUUGCCAAGCUUGAACUUCCUUGAAUGUGGAUACUCUGUUAAUGUUUAAAAAUAUUGGAUCUGUCCAGAGCCACUCAGAUCUGCCAUAACCAAUCGCUAACGUUUGGUCGUGAUGUGUACAAUCAUAAUCCAUAAUGUGUCAUAUAUCCAUUUGCCUUAUGUUUCAUACAGGAACACCAAAGGAACACCAAUGUAGGCUACAAAAUAUUUGUAGCCUACAGGACACUGAAAACAUGUUAUUGUGCAAAUGUCAUGCUUUCUCUGUUGUACCCUUCACAUGAGGAGAAGCCAUGAAGCAUGAAUCAAAUUGACCUCAAAGAUAACAGGGUUAAGACAAAUUCAAAUAUAUUUCAAACAAUACAGUAGCCUAAUUCAUAGUCUUUCCGGCAGUGAUGGGCAGUAGCGUCGCUACUUUUGUAGCGACGCUACUAUAACCACAUUUUUCAGUAGCAUGACGGUAACGUCGCUAUUUACAAAACCAAGUAACGUUUCUGUAGCUAAGCUAUUUUAUUGAUCAAGGGAUAUUUCUGAUGUUCAUACAUAACAGCGUCUCCUGCAGCCAUCAACACCACACAUUAGGAAGACAGCCAGAAUGUUUAUGUUUCCACGACAACACGCUGGGUACAAGCGCAUGCGGUAGGGUUGCCACACGUUUUCCUGGGAUUGUUCUCUUUUUUAAAUGUCCCGUUUUUUUUGUUGCAAAAGCACUUCUAUCUUUUUUAAGUAGGCCUAUUACCUGAUGUUCACUUCUAAUACAAUCUACCUUCUGCUCAUGCAAUCCUAGGCUACUAUUUUUCCUUACAGUAUCUUGAUCCAGCUGCGUGUAUUUGAUUGGUUAAUGCAGCCAUGCGAAACGAAAGUUUACCUUAACCAUCACGACCGGCCAUGUAUGAAUUGUAAUGAUAUGCGACCGCCUAUUAUCACGUAGGCCUACACUAUUCUCUUCCUUGAAAAUACAUUUAUUUUAUUUACAAGUUCAAAAGGCAUUCUUGCAUAACUAGAGCUAAAAUGUGCUCUGAUUUGCAUCUGUUUUUUGUG